CAAGUCUGCCCAGAGGCUUUGUUGACUUGCAUGUAAUGCAAAACCUGUUUGCAGAUCUUUUGUGCCCCUAUUGCCAGGAGGCUACUUUGCAAUUGAGGGUAGACAGCAGCAAGUCAAAAGGCUUGGCACUUUGUUGCAUUAUCCACUGCGGUACAUGCGAUAAGGAGGUAUCUAGUACCAUGUCUUCUGCAAAAAUCGAUUCCUAUACAUAUGAUGUCAACCGCCGGUUUGUAGCAGGGAUGCUAAAUGCUGGUCUUGGCUAUGGAGGAGCUGAUAGAUUUUGUGGUGUGGCAGGAGUAUGCAACAUGAGCCACAAUGCAUUCAAUGAGCAUACAAAUGCAAUUUUCAGUGCCACUAAGGAAUUUUCAUCUAAACAGAUAGAAAAAUCAAUAAGAAAAGUUAGAGAGGUUCACGGUGCAACCGGCUCAGAGACAAUAGAUGUGGCUGUCAGUUUUGAUGGAUCCUGGCAGAAAAGAGGCCACACCAGUAAGCACGGAAUUGGGGCUGUUAUAGAGCAGGAGACGGGACUGGUAAUUGAUUACCACGUACUGUCCAGUUAUUGUCAGACAUGCGCAACCACUGGCCAAGAUAUGAAGGAUUCUCCAGAUUAUGCUGCAUGGGUGGAGGAGCACAAGCAGGACUGCUGCGCUAACCAUACUGGGUCAGCUGGGGCAAUGGAGGUAGCUGCUGCCAAAGUGCUUUGGGGCAGGUCUUUGGAGAGUGCCCUGAGGUAUACUACACUUAUUAGUGAUGGGGACUCAAAAACUUUGUCCGAGCUGCAGAAAAUGGCACCCUACGGGACUACAGAUAUAGAGAAGGAGGAGUGUGUAAACCAUGUGAGCAAGAGACUGGGAACAGCGUUGAGGAGCUUGGUGUCGGAUGAAAAGAAAAGAGGUGUGACUCUGGGUGGAACAAAAUCCGGAAGCUUGACACAGGCUAAGAUAGGCUUGCUGCAGCGGUACUACAAGAAUGCUGUCAUCAGCAACAAUGGCAGUAUCCAGGAGCUGCAAAACAAAAUUUGGGCUUCAUUUUACCACUCCAUAUCUUCUGACACCAAGCCAACACAUGAUUUGUGUCCUGAAGGAAGUAAUUCAUGGUGCUUCUAUAAGAAGGCAGUGGCAAAAGGAGAGGCUAUUCCCAGCCAUGAAAAAAAAAGUAAAACAUUUUUGAACGAAGUUGUGGCUAAAUAUGUGAAGCCAGUUUAUGAGCGCCUAACUCAGGAUAAACUUAUGUCUAGGUGUUUGCUGGGCAUGACCCAGAAUGCGAAUGAAAGCUUCCACUCAGUAGUGUGGUCUCAUUGCCCCAAGCACAUAUUUGUUGGCAGUAAAAGGGUAGCUAUAGCCACAGCCCUUGCAGUAGCCAAUUUCAACAGGGGGUCUAGAGGGGUGUUAGAAUUUGUUGAGGCGAUAGGCUGCAGUGUAACGAGGGAAAUGGAAAGUCGGGGUGCUAAAAGGGAUCAGCUUAGAGUUAGUAGGGCUGAGAAGGGGGAAAUGACUGAGGUAAAGCGUAGGAGGGCUAAGAGGACUUUAGAUAAUAUUAGCAGGGAGGAGGGUUUAGCUGUUGCAGAGGGAAAUCUUUAUUUAGCGGGGGCUGCCGAUGAUUAGGUUCAUUAUUUUCUUUUCUCUUUUGUGUCAUCAGUUUCUCAUUUUUAUCAUUGUAAAUUAUUACUACAUUAUUUUAAUUGAUCUUUGAAUGUUUUUCACUUUGUUGCACAUAAAUAAAUGAGUUUUAAAAAAAAAAAUG